GGAAGUCACCUAACCCUCCUUUCUAUGUCGUCACAAGAAGUUUUUCUUCCUUACUUCUUCUUCAUACAAUAGUUUACUGUUAAGAUACACGAUUGUUAUAAAAUGGCUGAUUCAGAGGAAGUUGACUACUCGCUCGCAAACCCCGACACCCUCACCAAGUACAAGCUCGCGGGCGAGAUCUCCGGCAAGGUGCUCGAGAAGGUCAAGGCCGCCUGUGUCGCCGGUGCGCUUGUCAUCGACAUCUGUGUCCUCGGUGACAAGUUGCUCGAGGAGGAGACCGCAAAGAUCUACAAGGGCAAGAAGAUCUCCAAGGGAAUCGCCUUCCCCACCUCCAUCUCGCCCAACAACAUUGCAACCCACAUGUCUCCCCUCCCCGGUGAGCCCGAGUCCGAGCUCGCGCUUGCCGACAACGACGUCGUCAAGAUCUCGCUCGGCGCCCACAUCGACGGCUUCGGCGGCAUCCUCGCCGACACCAUCGUCGUCGGCCAGUCCGGCGAGAUCACCGGCCGCGUCGCCGACGUCUUUAACGCCGCCUGGCUCGCGUCUGAGGCCGCGAUCCGCUCGAUCAAGGCCGGCGCUAAGAACUGGGACGUGACCGACAACGUGCUCGCCGUCGCCAACGCGUUCGAGACCAAGCCGCUCGAGGAUAUGCUCUCGCAUUCGCAGGAGCGUAAUGUGGUUGAUGGAUCCAAGAGAAUCAUUCUCAACCCUAGCGAGGGCAAGAAGAAGGCUAUCGACUCUGUCACUUUUGAGGAGGGCGAGGUCUGGGGUCUUGACAUCCUCGUCACCACCGGUGAUGGAAAGACGAAAAAGUCCGAGGCCAAGACCACAAUCUACAAAAAGACUGGCAACACCUACAGUCUGAAGCUCAAGUCCGCCCGAUCGAUCUUCUCCGACAUCCAGAAGCGCUUCGGCCCGUUCCCGUUCACCACCCGUGCUCUUGAGGAAGAAAAGAGCUCGCGCAUGGGAAUCCGCGAGUGCACCCAGCACGAGCUGCUUAUCGCGUACGACGUGUACGAGGACAAGAAGGGCGAGACCGUUGUGCAGUACUUCACCACUGUUGCGCUGACAAAGAACGGAAUCAUCAAGAUUGCGGGCCCUGCGACGCCUGAUCUGACCAAGUUCAAGACCGACAAGGUGGUCACCGACGAGGAGCUUUUGAAGGUUAUCUCUGCGCCGCUCAAGACCAACAGCAAGAAGAACAAGAAGAAGAAAUCAAAGACCACUGCUGCGGGCGAGACUACGGAGGCUGCUGAGCCUGCUGCUGCCGAGUAAAUCUGAAUUUCUGGCUUGUUUUUGAGUACAUACGAAUGAGGAGUAUAUAUACCAACUAAAGUGAAGAAGAAAGAAAGAAAAAGUGGAAAUAGUGUAUACAAACUUUGCAGGAUCGAGCUCAUUUUGUUAUUAUAGUAUUACCUAAAAGUUGACUUUGUGUUUAUAUGCAUCUGUGUUGAUCUACAUCGUAGUUG